AUCUCCUCUUUGUGGUUCAUUAUUUUCCCUUAAACCAAUCAUGGACUUGAUCAGUUUCUUCUUUGGAGUUUCAGGCAAUGUCACCUCACUGAUGAUAUUUCUCUCGCCGAUAGGUACAUUCUUGAAGGUGGUGAAGAACAAGUCCACCGAAAAAUAUGACAGCCUUCCAUAUGUUUGUGCAUUACUGAGUUCAUGCCUUUGGACUUACUAUGGCAUCAAAAAACCAGAUGGAUUACUUGUUGCCACAGUCAAUGGAUUUGGCAUUCUUAUUGAAAGUGUAUAUGUUGCUUUGUUUCUCCUUUUUGCUCCUACAAAGAUGAAGGCUAAAACCAUGGCUAUGGCAGCGAUUUUGGACGUCGGUUUUCCGGUUGCAGCUAUUUUAAUCACUAGAUUAACUCUGCAAGAGGAAGCACAGAUUAAUACUUUAGGAUUUCUGUGUGCUGGCCUGAAUAUCAUUACAUACGGCUCUCCUUUAGCCGCAAUGGGUAGAGUGGUGACAACAAAAAGUGCCGAGUACUUACCCUUUUCCCUCUCAUUCUCCAUUUGCAUAAAUGGAGCCAUCUGGACGAUUUAUGCAAUAUUAGUGCACGAUUAUUUCAUCGGAGUAUCAAAUGGGUCGGGUUUUGUACUGGGAGCAGCACAAUUAGUCCUCUAUUAUAUGUAUCCAUCAAAACAUAAAGUGGGCGCAUUGGAGGAGAAAGGGCAACAUGAACCCCUUAUUCUACCUUCAGAACAAGAAGUUGACUGCAACAAUCAAGUUUAGAAGUAAUAGAAUGUAAUUUGAACAAAUUUUAUAUUAUAUGAGAAUAAUGAUGAUCAUCUCAUUUGAAAAUUUUAAAUUGAUUGACAACGUGUGCUUUUAGUUUUCAACACA